AUGUACUUCAGACCGGCCAUUACUCCAUUCACACGAUCUCUGUUGGCUACUUCUUCGGCUGCCAUACUCAAAUGGGGCAUCAUCUUGGGCGCCGAACAUGGUCCAGCCAACUUAGUCGAAGAGGAUGCAGUUUACGGUUCAGGUUCCUGCUUGACUAUCGCGACCCUCGCUGGAGCCGCUAGGAAAAACGAGUCCGAAGACUGGCACUGGAAGCUUCCGGGAGCACGCACACACUGGAAGAGCAGCAUCAUUCGGAUGAAAGCUCUGUAUGUUCAAACAGGUGUUCUGACUGAUUACGACUCUGAUCAGGGAGCUUUUAACAACGUCAAAUGCCACGUGAAUAAAUAUGGAUGUGGUGGAUUUUAG